GCCCGGGCAGAGUCGGAGCCGGAGCCGGAGCCGGAGCCGGAGCCCGAGCGGAGCCGGGGCCUGAAGCCGGGGCCGGGGCCGGGCGGAAGAUGUGGUUCUUCGCCCGGGACCCGAUCCGAGACUUCCCGUACGAGCUGAGCCCGGAGCCCCCCGAGGGCGGUGGCGCGCCGGGGCCGGGGCUGUGGGCGCUGCACCGCGGCAAAAAGAAGGCCACGGGAAAUGCCGUGUCCGUGUUCGUGUACGAGGCCAAGCCCGGGGACGAGGAGCAGACGCUGGUGGCCAAGGCAGCCUUCAAGCGGCUCAAGACCCUGCGGCACCCCAACAUCCUGGCCUACCUGGACGGGCUGGAGACGGACAAAUGCCUCCAUGUGGUGACUGAGCCUGUGACCCCACUGGGGACGUACCUGAAGCUGAAAGCAGAAACGGGGGGCCUGAGUGAGCUGGAGAUCUCGUGGGGACUGCAUCAGAUUGUGAAAGCCCUGAGCUUCCUAGUUAACGACUGCAGCCUCAUUCACAACAAUGUGUGCACGGCCGCUGUCUUCGUGGACCGAGCUGGGGAGUGGAAGCUGGGGGGCCUCGAUUACAUGUACUCGGCCCAGGGGGACAAUGGGGAGCCCCCCCGGAAGGGCAUCCCCGACCUGGAGCGCUACGAUCCUCCUGAAAUGACAGAAAACAGCAGCAAAAGCGUGGGGGAGAAAUGGUCAGCUGACAUGUGGAGACUGGGCUGUCUCAUCUGGGAGGUGUUCAACGGUCCCCUGGCCCGGGCCUCCUCCCUGCGCUCCCUGGGGAAGAUUCCCAAGUCUCUGGUUCCUCAUUACUGCGAAUUGGUGGGGGCCAACCCCAGGGUGCGCCCCAACCCGUCCCGCUUCCUGCAGAACUGCCGGGCCGCCGGCGGCUUCAUGUGCAACAGCUUCGUGGAGACCAACCUCUUCCUUGAGGAAAUCCAGAUCAAAGAACCUGCCGAGAAGCAGAAGUUCUUCCAGGAACUCAGCAAAAAUCUGGACUCCUUCCCCGAGGAUUUCUGCCGCCACAAGAUCUUGCCCCAGCUGCUGACGGCCUUCGAAUACGGCAGCGCCGGGGCCGUCAUCCUCACCCCGCUCUUCAAGGUUGGGAAGUUCCUCAACGCCGAGGAGUACCAGCAGAAAAUCAUUCCUGUUGUCGUAAAGAUGUUCUCAUCCACGGACCGCGCCAUGCGGAUCCGCCUGCUGCAGCAGAUGGAGCAGUUCAUCCAGUACCUCAAUGAGCCAACGGUCAACACCCAGAUCUUCCCCCACGUCGUGCACGGCUUCCUGGAUACCAACCCCGCCAUCCGUGAGCAGACUGUCAAGUCCAUGCUGCUCCUGGCCCCCAAGCUGAACGAGCAGAACCUCAACGUGGAGCUGAUGAAGCACUUCGCCAGGCUCCAGGCCAAGGACGACCAGGGCCCCAUCCGCUGCAACACCACCGUGUGCCUGGGCAAGAUCGGCCCCUACCUCAGUGCCAGCACCAGGCACCGCGUCCUGACGUCGGCUUUCAGCCGGGCCACCAGGGACCCCUUCGCCCCGUCCCGGGCGGCCGGAGUCCUGGGCUUCGCCGCCACCCACAACCUCUACUCCAUGAAUGACUGCGCCCUCAAGAUCCUGCCCGUGCUGUGCACCCUGACCGUGGACCCUGAGAAAACUGUGCGCGACCAGGCUUUCAAGGCCAUCCGAAGCUUCCUGACCAAACUCGAGUCUGUGUCUGAAGACCCAGCCCAGCUGGAGGAAAUGGAGAAGGAUGUGCACCGAGCCUCCAGUCCCCGGCCAGGGGCCACCGCGGCGAGCUGGGCUGGCUGGGCAGUGACGGGCGUCUCCUCCCUCACCUCCAAGCUGAUCCGAGCCAACCCCGCCCCCACCGAAAGCGCCCCGGCCAGCGACGCCCCCCUCAAGCCGCCCCCAGAAGCCCCAGCCCCAGCCCCAGCCCCAGCCGCUGCCCCUGCCCAGGCCCCUUCGGUGACCUCAGGUCGGUGGGACACAAGAGGGGCUGCGGGGGAGGACGAGGAGGCGGAGGCAGCGGCGGCCGAGGAAGGGGAGGGCUCCUCCGAGCGAUGGGAUGACGAAGACUGGGGCAGCCUGGAGCAAGGAGAGGCUCAGCGGGAGGCUUGGAGAACCAGUAGUAGGGAGCAGCAGGCCAGGAGGGCCAGCAGCCCCUCUCAGAAGUCCCCCGAGUCCGACUGGAGCAGCUGGGAGGCCGAGGGCUCCUGGGACCAGGACUGGCAGGAGUCGAAGCCCCACAAACCGCCGCCCGAGGGCACCAAGUUGGCCAGUGAGUACAACUGGGGUGGGGCGGAGAGCAGCGAGAAGGCAGACCCCUUUUCGGCCCUGGCACCUCGCCUAGCUGCCAACGCCCAGCGAAAUCCAGACUCCUGGAGCACGGAAGCCUCGGGGGACUGGGGGACUGAGGAGAGCUGGGGGACCCUGGAGGCAGAGAGCAGACAGGCCAAGGCCGAACUUGCUCGAAAGAAGAGAGAAGAGAGGAAGAAGGAGAUGGAAGCCAAGCGAGCCGAGAGGAAGGCGGCCAAGGGGCCCAUGAAGCUGGGGGCGCGGAAGCUGGACUGAGCCCCAGGGCCAGCGGCCCGGCUCCCGGAGCUGCAGAGAGGCGGAGGGGCGCAGGCUGCCCCGCCCCGCGCCCCGCGCAGCCUCUGCCCGUGUAUUUAUUGUACAAAGCCUGGCCCAGCCGGCCCAGGACCCCCUUCCCCAUGUACAUAAGCAGAGCGGGAAUACAUUUUAUUUCUUGUCCUGCGGA